AUGGCCCACGUCGAGGGGCUGCAGGCGACUCUGGGGUAUCUCGAGAACCCUACUGCACUUACUGUAACGAGCGUCGGCAUGUGUCUAUGCUGGCUUGUUAGUUACGCUGCAAUGAUCCGCAAGUCGUUCCAGGACCGUUCCUACUGCAUGCCAUUGAUGCCACUUUGCUGCGAUCUCGCCCAUGAGUUCGUCUUCUCUGUGAUUUGCCCCCCGACGGAGGACCCCAUUCUGCAGUAUUUCUUUGCAAGCUGGUUGGCUGGCAGUGUCAUGAUGUCGCCCAAUUUGGACCAGAUGAUGCAUCAGCAUGGGCUGGUUGUCUCUGCCAAUUACUCCUUGGUGCUGGUUCCCUGUGCCAACUGA